GCUGCGCAUGCUCAGUUUGUAGGUCCCUUUUGACAGCUGUUUGGAAGAUGGCAUUUUCAUUUUCUCUGAACACUUCAAACUAGGAACCUAAUUUACAUCACAUCCAUUUCUAGCAGCAGUCAGAGAAUAUCAUCCUGCAGAUAUGGAAGACCAUUUUUCCAAACAUAGCAAGAGAAUACUUCAUGCGUUGAACAAACAACGGGAAGAUGGUAAAUUUUGUGAUGUUACACUGGACCUGGGUGGCCAUUACUUAAACGCGCACCGUAGUAUCCUGGCAUGUUGCAGUAAUUUCUUCCACAAUAUCUAUGGAGCUGGCACAUCUGCUGAAAUCAAUCUUCCUGAUAGUUGCACUGGUGUCUUGGGUCUUCUGUUUGACUUUAUAUAUACAGGUGAGCUUCAGUUGACCCAAACAAAUGUCUCUGAAGUGCUCAGUGCAGCGGAACUCCUUUCAAUCCCUGAUGCUAUUCAGGCUUGUCACCAUUAUCAGCAGAAAUUUGUUGAAAAUGAGAGAAGGAAUGAAGAAACCUCAUGCAGCCAAGCGACCACUGAAGAUAGAUCUGUGAAGGUACCAAUAGAAGCUACAAAACAGAGUGGAAAUGUUGGAGUUCCUGCAAAACAAAUCACAGUCACACAAAUCAGACAUUUUGGCAGAAAGAGCAACAGAUGCAAUGAUAAACGAAAACUCAACUUGCUUACUGAGAAGCAGAAAGAUAAAAUAAGAACCUUUGCUAUUAAGAAAAGGUCUAGAGAAUCUUUAAUCUCCCAUGAAAACCAAAACUGUAAUCAGGCAAAGGGCAAGGAAGGUGGCUUACGAGACAAUGAUGAGGAGAACGGUCGUGAGAGCACCAACGGGAACAGCAAUCCUACAAUGGACGUGGACCUGGUCAAAGUCGAAGAGGAUGAGAAGGAUGAAGAUAUGAAUGAUAGAGGAGAACUAGACCAUGACUACAUUCCAGCCAGGCACAUUUGUAAGAAACAGAGAAAAGACCCCACGCAAGGACUGGACAGACAGAAAAUCAAAGCCUCAGAACCAGCAAACAGAAGGAGUGAACCUGCAGAGUGUCCAACUUGUCAUAAGAAGUUUCUCAGCAAGUAUUACCUCAAAGUUCACAACAGGAAACAUACAGGAGAGAAACCAUUUAAAUGCACCAAGUGUGGAAAGUGUUACUUCAGGAAAGAAAACUUACUUAAACAUGAGGCUAGGAACUGCGUGACCAGGACAGGCGUGAUUUACACUUGUCAUGAAUGUAACAAGACAUUUAAAGGGCGGAUGGAGUUAAGGAACCAUCUGGUAUCUCACACGGGUGAAAUGCCCUUCAAGUGCCCCUCGUGUACUCAGCAGUUCAUGCAGAAAAAAGACCUGCAAAUUCACAUGAUCAAAUCUCACGGAGCUCCCAAACCAUACCCGCUAAAGAGUCAGUGGAUGCACCAGCAGUGAUCUUCCAAAAAUUCCUUACAUUUUGGAAAAGACCCCAAAGGAUUGGAACACUGCCAAUGUAACAAGUCUAUUUAAAAAAAGGAAGGAAACAAAAACAGUGCCCCACUUGCUCCAAAUGUUUCCUCACCCGCAGUGACCUACAUGUGCAUGAAUUGUCCAGGCACCAGAGGGAGAAGCUGUUUGUGUGUGAGGAAUGUGGUCAUAGAGCUUC